GAAAAUAUUUUGUAUUUUUUCUACUUAUUAUUUUAUCUUAAAUGAGUCUGACCAUAUUUUCACUUCAAUCAUCGUCGUCGGUGCAAAUACUUAAAGGCUCAACAAAUAUUUAUUUUGAACAUCAUGUUAUUAUCUGGUUGAUAUGAUAUGACCUUGAGUAAUUAAAUUAAAUGAAACUAAUAACCUCAAAGUUACUAAUUUUCAUAAAAUAAGUCAUAAAAGAGCACGUAGAGAUCUCGGACAGUUUUAUUAAUUAGAUUUAAGAUUCCAUCACAUAAAGUUGUAAAUAAACGGAGAUGACCCCUCCUGUCUCGCCUGUAACACUUUAGUGGGACAACAGAAUGCCUUUUUUUUAAAGUAGGAAACGAACGAAAACAGCAAGUCGGUAGCCUCUGUAGGAUUGAUUUCGACAAGUAGUUCGACUUGUCAAUGCUCUACAUAUGACCGAUAUUGGCAACGAAUGGACAACCAGGGAAAUAGCCUAUCUACAUUCUCUCUGUAGCCACGUAGGUUAUAGACAAGAUUUCAAAAGAAUGAGUUUUGUUAAACGAAUAGAAUCAGAAAAAUAUGAUGUUUUGACGAAACGAUAUUUCAAUGAGGUCUCACUCGCGGUAGUCUCGUAUUUGAAGAAUCACAGUUCAUAAACGUCUGUCCUUAGCUAUUUAAACCGUAGCACAUGAGUGGGAUUUUCGGACAUUUUACAGUUUAUUCUUUCCUCACACAUAGACAACUUUACCAACUGAAUUUGACAUUUCUUUGACAAUUUGAUUUGACGUCAGUCAGAUGUGCCGAUUAUUGAUAAUAUUGAUUGCGAAGAAAAAUUUGGAUUAUGUACAUCUUUGCAUCACUUCCGUAAUUAUCGAUAAAAAAAGACCCAUCGGACUGUUAAAAGGUGGAAAAAUAUCGAUUCAAUACCUAAAGUGAUUAACUGGAAUCAAUAUCAAACCGGGAUCAAAUGUAUUUACUUGAAAUAUUUUCGUAAAAAUAAGCUUAAACAAAAAAAAUAACUAUAAAGAAAAUUUACACCAGCUACAGAGAUGGAAUUACUAGAUCUCCCAGAAGAAAUCCUGAUUAUGAUAGUAAAGAAGCUAGAUCUUCAGGCUGUAAAAAAUAUGUAUGACACUUGUUUGAGGCUACAAAGUGUUGUAUGUAUGCAUGGUGUUGUUAAAAAGUGCCAUAUGUCCAAGAAUGGAGCAGCCACAGUGACCAUGUUGAUGACUCCGUUUUUUAGGGAUAUAUCAAGCAAUGUUGCUCAUCUUAGUCUGUGUGGGGUACCAGACUUAUUUAAGACUAAAGUUUUGUCAGCAUUAAGAAGGCUAAGACAGUUAAAUACCUUGGAUAUAACAUAUACAAAUUUGCAUUUAUUGGAUUUUAUAGAAAUUCAUGAAGCAUGUCCCACAAUAAAGAAUAUUCAUAUAAAUUUUGCUUUUGGCCAGCCUGGACAAGUCACCAUACCCCACAGUGUUGUAAGGCAGUGUAUAGCAGUGUUGAAACAAAUGGAAGAUGUGCAUUUUGUUGGAUCCAUUAGUAACUUGUUAUAUUCAAAGUUGGUACUCCACUUAUUAGAAAAAGCAAAAUUAAACACAUUAAAAUUUGUUGUUUCCGAAUUAGAUGGUGUCUGCACUGUUAUAGCUGAACCUAAGCACAGAGCAGCGCCUGUGGACAUAUUUGACAUACCGGAGUUAAAUAGAUUCACUAUAUAUAUUGCCAAUUGGAGAUCUACGAGUACAUAUGAAUGUAUUACCAGAUUCCCUGUUUUAUCAGUUGUUGAGUAUGACAAAUUUGAGUUCUUUGUAAUAUACAUGAUAAAUCCAGCUGCAUAUGCAGUGUAUGCUACACCUAUAUUCAAAGAUUUUUUUGAUGAUAAUUUUGGUGUGAAAGUUGAGAGUGUUAAUGACUACAGCCGUAAUCUUAUAGGGAAUGUUGCUAUAAUGUUAUGGAAUAAGAAAACCACAACUUUUGAUGAGUCAUUCUUUCAAGCAUUGUAUAAACAUGUGAAGCAGUACUUCCCUGUAUAUUAUAAUCCUAAACGUGAAAUGCCUUCUUUGAAAAAUAAAGACUGGGUGUACACAGUGCCAGCAGACCCUCAUGAAUUAGUAAGACCUGAAAUUGCUUAUGCUUAUACACAUCAAAUUAAAAGGAGACGAAUUGCUCUGCCUGCUUUUACAUUAAAAUAUGAUGAAUUGUUUGAACCAGUAGAAGAAGCUCAGUUAAGUUUCAUUUUUAAUACACAUAUCACAAAAUCAGUCGCACUAAGUCAUGAUUCUGUCUAUUUAAGAAAGUUAACGUUUUUAAGUUUAACUGGUCAGGUGUCUUAUACUAAUGACUUCUUUAAAAUAUUGUUCUUUACUUGUGAAAAGCUUAUUACCUUAAAUAUAGAAGCUCCUUUAACAUCUCCAUGCUCCAAAAAUAUUUGUAAUUCAAUUGGCUUGGCUAAAACCCUCAAGAAUAUCCGUUUAUUAGACAAGAGAAUUGAUUUUCAAACACUAUUUUCAUCCCUCAGCCUAUGUAGGACUCUAGAAAACAUUCAUGUACUUGAUCACAGACAAUGGGAACAUUGUGACAUUCCCGAUCCUGAUGCAUUAGUACAGAGAUGUAAAAAAUUAUAUUGUGUUUUUGUUGAAGCUCCCCUGUCUGAGGCAGCUCUAACGAGGUUAUUAAAAUCAUUCAAGAAAGCCAAAUUAAAAUAUGAUAAUCAUAGUAUUAAAGUUGUUGUAAACCAAACUUCUAGCCCAAAUGUAUUUAAAUAUAAUUAUCAUCCUUUUAUAGAAGUAUUUCAAUUGAAUCCAAUAAAACCAACUCUUUAAACAUU